AGAGCAUCGACUUCAGCAGCAGCAGCGCCUGGACCUGGUUCUGAGUCACAAGAACCAAACUGAACCCAGAUUUGAUUCAACACGAGGAGCAGGAACCUGCCGGCUUUUCUCAGCAUCCGCAGAACAAGAGAGGACAAAAAAACAGGAAAACAUCAUGAAAAAGUCAAAGCAGGUGAGCAAUGACAAUGAGCCUCCCACCUACCAGGAGGCCACAGCAGGUUAUGAAGAGAUGGAGGCUCAGUUCGCCUGGGACGACAAGACCAUCAGGAGGACGUUCAUCAGGAAGGUUUAUGCCAUCCUCAUGCUCCAGCUCUCUGUGACCGUAGGAAUCGUUUGUCUCUUCACAUUUUGCGCUCCUGUGAGGUUUUAUAUUCAGACUCAUCCCGGCUUGUACUCGGCCUCUUACCUCAUGUUUUUUGGCACCUACAUCGCUCUGUCCUGCUGUGGAGACCUCAGGAGGCAGUUUCCCUGGAAUAUCGUCCUCUUAGUUAUUUUUACUUUGAGCAUGGCCUUUAUGAUGGGGUUUCUGUCGAGCUUUUACAACACCAGGUCGGUGCUGCUCUGUCUGGGAAUCACAGCUCUGGUGUGUCUCUCCGUCACCAUCUUCAGCUUCCAGAGCAAGAUUGACGUCACAUCCUGCCAGGGUGUCCUGUUCUCCAUGUGCAUGGUCAUGCUCCUCUGCGCCAUUACCCUCUCCAUCGUCGUCCCUUUUGGAUAUGUUCCCUGGUUACAUGCCAUCUAUUCGGUGAUAGGAGCCAUCCUCUUCACUCUGUUCUUGGCUUUCGACACCCAGCUGCUCGUGGGGAACAAGCGCUACACAAUAAGUCCAGAGGAAUAUAUCUUUGCCACGCUCUGCCUCUACCUGGAUGUCAUCUACCUGUUCAGCUUCCUGCUUCAGCUCACGGGACAAGGACGAGACUGAAGUCGACACGCUGUUUGAAAACUCGGCCUGGAGUCGUUUGGCUCCGGCGCAAG